UUUAUGACAAGCAAUCACCUCGUUAUGUUAUAACUUGUCAAACAAUAAAUUGUAGUAAAAAAUUCAUACGUAUUUUAAAUUAUUGAAAAUUUUUACAAAAUUUUGCGAGAAAAUUUUAUUAAAGUGGCAAAAAUGUCGAUGGAUUUGAUUUCGUCACCAAAUCCACAUUUUAUUCCAGGGUACACUGGUCAUUGUCCCGAAUACAAAUAUCGUGUUGGUAACUCUUAUGGAUCUACAACGCAUAAAUUAUUAUUAGACCCAUCAGUUGGGCAUUCAGAAAAGUUAAUAUUAUCGGAUAGAAAUGUAGAUGACUAUCAAGUGGUGAGACCUGCACAAAGAGAUAUUGAUAUUGUAAACUCUCGUAUCAAGCACGGUGGUGAAAUUUACCAACAUCCCACAAUUCCAGGAUAUGAGGGUUUUGUACCAAGACUAAAUGGUCUUUUUGGUCAAAGAUAUACAGUGCAAGCUACUGAAGCAUUGUCUCAGUUUCAAGAAUUGCAACAAGCAGAUGCUAAAGCUUUGAAUCAGUUGAUGCGGCAAGGUGCUUUGCAAGAUAAAAAGUGGGAUCCGCGAGAUUUAGAUGAUCGGGAGUUGACGACUAGUGAGUUUACUUUGCCGCUUCUUGAAGUACGACCGGAAUGUGCUGCGGUUCAAAGAAAUUUGCCAAUAGAAGAGCCACCAAUCACACCACCUAUGCAUUCUCAUAGUCCUUAUUUUAUGGAAAAUACUCAAGCUGAGAAAUAUUUAAAACAAGGAUUUUCUGGUCAUUUACCAUUCGGUUAUUCUUCGUUUGGAAAAGCUAAUCAAGCGUUAACAAACGGUGCUCUUUGUGAUUUUACUUCUAACUACCGAAAACGAUUAAGUACCGAAUGGGCCCCGGUGUCAGUGAGUAGACCGGAUCCUCCUCUAGCAAUAAUAAGUCAUCAUGUUUAUCAAAGACAUGUGGGCUUGUUGCCCAAUUAUGGCGGCCAUGUACCAGGAGAAAAGUUCCGAUUUGGGAAUACAUUUGGAAAUGAUACCAGAGAUGCAAAACGAUGGCUCAGGCAAGAUUUUAGUAACUAAAAUUUGGUUCCUUAACGUUUCGGAUUGGGAUAUUUUGGGGAAUUUGAUAUUUCUAUAUUUUUUACAAUUUCAGAAUAAAAAAAGUUGUCUCUAA